AUGUUUUGCAUAAAAUGUAAAUUUAAAGAAACCAAAGAAGAUCAGCUAGUAGUUUAUGAUAAGUGCAUGUGCAAACUGUGUCCAUCUUGUAGCAAACUUACAACAACAGAAUAUAGAGUCGCUACAAUGAAGCAAGCCAGAAUGUUAAUAUGUUUUUGUUCUACUUGCAGACCAACCAUCUUUUUAAAUCCUAGUGAUGAUGAUACGAAAGAAGAAAUAAAGGUAAUGAAAGAUAACAUCGGUACUUUAACUAACAGCAUAACUAAACUUUCAACAAAUCUCAUUACAUCUCUCUCUAAUGUUAAAGAAGGGACCACUAAUAAUAUAGAAAAAAUUGUCUCUCAAUAUAUCAAACAAGAAGUUGAAAAACUAAACAAAGAAAUAAAAAAUGAAUUUAUCCAGAUUAAUAGUGAAGUCAAGACUCUUCGAGAAAGUAAUCUAGAUAUGGUAAAACUUCUUACUCAUGCUCCAUCUAAUACCUUCAAAUAUAAUGCAGCUGUGAAGCAUAACUUAACUCCGUUAAGCAGCUCCCCCAUUCAACUUACUGUUCCUUCUACAAUCAACAACAAUAACUUUAGUUCUAACAAUACCUUUAAGAAUAGCCAAAAGGAUAUUAUCUCAAUCUCUCCUACGAUUGAAACUAAUGAUAAAAACGUACAAGCACAAAAUACACUUUUACAACUGACUACCUCAAAUCAACAACGUGAGAAACAUUCUUAUAUGAAAAAAAGAAGCAAUCAAGUUGGUACUUGUAACACAAUUUCAGAUGGUGAUGCUGAUGGAUUUGAAGGCAUUGAAUCUAAGAAGAAAAAAAUAUGGUUGUUCAUCUCACGUGUCAAAAAGAAAGUAACAACUGAUAAGAUCGUUAACUACAUAUCAAAAAUAGCUAACACUGAUACCAAAGAUAUUUUCGUAAAAACUUUAGAUACUCAAACUCAACAAAUUAGCAGCAGCAACAGCUACAUGGUAGGCGUUGACCCUAGUAUAUAUAGUACAGUAAAUAAUACAUGUUUCUGGCCGAAAGGUGUAUCUUUUGAAAGAUUUGACUUCCGAAAAGGUCGCCGCUUUCUGGAUAAUCCCCGAUACAGAACAGCAGAAGCAUAA